AUCAGCUGUCGGUACACACUGUCGGAAGUCAGUUGAAUCUCAGCCACUUCAGAGGCAGCAGCAGCAUCCUCUCGGUCGGGAAGUGUCCAAUUGUUUCCCUCGGACGGGAUCUCGGUCAAGCAGUGCAGUCGAAGAUCAGAGAAAAAUUUUGCACCCUAAAAUAUGCCGAACGGUCGGUGAUUGUGAGAGACAAACAAAAAACAAAAAAAAAGUGAAUCGAAUAUUAUUUACACGUGCUUUUGAAUUAGUGUAAAAAAUGUCGGCCAGUUGUGAGAUUACCAUUACCAGCCCUCAGGAGGCCAACACCAAGAGCAGUCUGAUCGUAGUUUCCAACCGAUUGCCGUUCGUACUCAAGCGGGACGCCAUUACUGGCCAGCUGAGCCGCCAUGCCAGUGCUGGCGGUUUGGUGACGGCCGUGGCACCCGUCGUCAUCAAGGGCAAAGGUCUCUGGGUCGGAUGGCCCGGUAUGACCCUGGCCGAGACAGAUGCCAUUCCAGAAUCAGAUCCGUCCGAUUGUACGCCGACGGCCGGUCUCCUCUCGGAACAGGUCGUUUCGGUUAACGUGGAACCGAAGCUGUUCGAUAGCUACUACAAUGGAUGUUGCAACGGAACCUUCUGGCCACUUUUUCACUCGAUGCCUGGGCGGGCCACAUUCUGCGCCAACAACUGGAGGGCGUACUACGAGGUGAACAAGGAGUUCGCCGCCCAAACGAUUGAAGCCUUGGAGCGAUGUUUAAAGCAGAAGAAGAAUCCUGGAAUUCCGAUUAUCUGGAUUCACGACUACCAUCUGAUGCUGGCCGCAAACUGGCUUCGCGAAGCAGCUGAUGAGAGAAAUUUGCCAUGCCAUUUAGCGUUCUUCCUUCACAUACCGUUUCCUCCGUGGGAUAUUUUUAGACUGUUUCCGUGGUCCGAUGAAAUCUUGCAGGGAAUGCUGGCGUGUGAUAUGAUCGGGUUCCACAUUCAGGAUUACUGUCUGAACUUUGUGGACUGCUGUCAGCGAAAUCUCGGCUGUCGCGUUGAUCGCAAGAACCUUCUGGUAGAGCAUGUUGGUAGAUCGGUCCGGGUUAGACCCCUACCGAUCGGAAUCCCAUUCGAUAGGUUCGUGGAGUUGGCGAAGAAAGCUAAGCGUGUUAUCAGAACUAAGCAAAAGAUCAUCCUCGGUGUAGACAGACUGGAUUACACCAAAGGACUGGUCAACAGAUUGAAGGCUUUCGAAGUAUUGCUUGAGAAACAUCCGGAGCAUCGGGAGAAUGUCAGUUUACUACAGAUUGCAGUGCCUUCUAGAACCGACGUUAAGGAGUACCAGGAGCUAAAGGAAGAAAUGGAUCAGCUUGUGGGGCGUAUAAAUGGACGUUUCACAACUGCGAACUGGUCUCCAAUUCGCUACAUCUUCGGUUGCGUCGGCCAGGAGGAACUGGCUGCGUUCUAUCGGGAGGCGUCUGUUUGUCUGGUAACACCCCUUCGAGACGGUAUGAACUUGGUCGCCAAGGAAUUCGUUGCUUGUCAGAUCAAUGAACCGCCCGGAGUGCUGAUCGUGUCGCCAUUUGCCGGAGCCGGUGAAACGAUGCACGAGGCGAUGCUGUGCAAUCCGUACGAGAUAGAAUCCGCCGCGGAAGUGAUACACCGAGCGUUGACGAUGCCCGAGGAUGAACGUUCGCUGCGAAUGGCCCGGCUACGGAGACGCGAGAUGCAGCAGGACGUCAACAACUGGAUGCGCCAGUUUCUGAAGGCGAUGGACUCGCUCGAGGAGGAUGACAUCGGUACGACCACCAUGCAGCCGGUCACGGUGGACGAUUUUGAUGAGUAUCUGUUGAAUUACGUCGGGUACAAUCACAAACUGGCCCUACUACUGGAUUAUGACGGUACGCUGGCACCGAUUGCUCCCCAUCCAGAUUUGGCGACAUUGCCGCCGGAAACGAAGAACGUACUGCAGCGGCUGUCCAAUCACUCGGACGUUUACAUUGCCGUCAUCUCCGGGCGUAAUGUCGAGAAUGUCAAAAAGAUGGUCGGUAUCGAGGGCAUCACCUACGCUGGAAACCACGGGCUGGAGAUUCUGCACCCGGACGGAAGCAAGUUCAUCCAUCCGAUGCCGCUCGAGUACGAGGAUAAAGUCACCGGAUUGCUGAAGGCUCUGCAGGAAGAGGUUUGUCAUCAUGGGGCCUGGGUGGAGAACAAGGGAGCUUUGCUAACUUUCCACUACCGCGAAACACCGUUGGAGCUGCGACCGGAGCUGGUUGAAAAAGCCCGCCAUUUGAUAAUUCAGAAUGGAUUCCGAGCUACCGAAGCGCACUGCGCUGUCGAAGCGAAACCUCCCGUGCAAUGGAACAAGGGUCGUGCCUCGAUCUACAUCCUCCGCACGGCCUUCGGUGUUGACUGGAGCGAACGCAUUAAAAUUAUCUACGCCGGUGAUGACGUGACCGAUGAGGAUGCCAUGAUGGCACUCAAAGGAUUGGCCGCCACCUUCCGAAUCACCAACGCGCAGAUCGUCAAGACGUCCGCCGAGCGGCGUCUCCCGUCGACGGACUCGGUGCUGACGAUGCUGAAGUGGGUCGAGAAGCACUUCAUGCGUCGCAAACCCCGAUCGAACAGUUUGACGUACAAAAACCGAAAGCGAGAUGGCGUCAAGAUGCAGCUGGCCUUCGAUCUAGUGCCCAAUUUAAGUCCAGCCAACAGCGCGGCGAACAGCUCCGAUGAGCUCUAGCUCGGUCGGUUGCUAGAAAAUGUUUUAUCUUAUUUAGUGCUAAUGAUUUUAAUGCAGUAGGUUUCCUCGUGCAUGCGAAUUUCAGUUUUCGUUGCCGUUUUAACUAUGUUUUUAGAGUAUCUGUUAAUUUUACUAUCAUUGAAUAUAAGUAGAAGUUAGCGAUAA